GAGAAGCUCAACCCUGACCGGGCGCGUGUUGACAUUCAAAUGAGGCCCGGCCCCCGGCCCCCGGCCCCCGCCUCCCUUCUGUGGUGGUGGGAAUCAGCGAGCAGAGAGCCCGGGAAGCUGCUGCCCCGAAAAGCUGGGGGGAGCUCCCCACCGGGGGAGGAGGGCCCAGGGUGGCCCCCCCACCUAUCUCCCCCAUGGCCAGCGAGCCGUGGUUCGGGGGGCUGCUGCCUGCGGGGGUCCGAGACCCCCUCCCAGCGGGAGACUCGGUCCCCGGACCAGCUCCUGCCCCACACAGUGGAGUCGAAACCCCUUGGCCUGUGGCCCCUGGCCGAACUGGGGCUCCGGUCGAUGCGGAGCCUGGCGGGCCUGCCCCAGGGCAGCCUAUGGCUUCAGCCACACUGCCUGGCCCGCCCCCUGGCCCUGCCCCCGGCCCUGCGCUCCUGCCCCUGGAGAGUAUGUUCAGCCCCAUCACGGAACAGCUCCGCUACCUGCUCAAGAAAGCGGAAGAUUUCCAGAGCUACCUGCUCUACAGCAGAGACCGGGUCCAGAAGGAGCAGUUGGCCAAGGCGAUGCCAACUUUCCUGCAGAUGUGCCAGCCUUACUUCCUGUACCUGGAGUCUGCUGCCAGGGGCAUGCCUCCGAUUCAUGGGGCCCUACAAGAGCUGGUUCGGAAAAGGCUGCUAGAAAUCUCCCAACAGCUGGCCCUUAGGCUGGAGCAGCUGGUGCUUAUGUAUGCCUCCUUCGGGUUUGUGGUACUGGAAGAGACUGAUCCCCUCAGUGUCUCCUGUUUUUUCUGUGGAAAAUUCUCACUGGGCCCCUCCCAUCAAGUGUCAGUUUUCCGAUACUGCUCCCCAGCCCCUUACACAGCUGGCCGACUGCCCAGAUACCUGUAUAAGAAGAUGCGAUGGAAUCUAGAAGCUAGUCCAGAGACCAGCAACAGGGGACAUGGGCCUCAUGUAGAAUACUACUUCCUGUGUUAUCGAGAUACUUGGGAGGACACGGGCAAGAGUCCUGCCAACUCUUGUGCCCAGAUUCAAAAGCUCUGGUCCAUUGGGCGAUGGGUGCCCCUGGGCCCAGGUCAAGAUGGCUCCUCGGAUAUCUAUUCUUGGAUCCUGUGCCCUCAGCCCCCGGGGGAAUACCAGCAGCUGCUGACCAUAGGCUUUGAGGAGCCGUCACACACCCUGGCCACCGAUCUGCUGGUACAGAUUCUCACGGGCCAAGCCGGGAGCGCAGGACGAGCCCCAAGUGCGGCCACGGGUCCCCCUGGGUGGCCCGGGGCUCCCGGGCCCUGAGUCCUUGGCUGCCCUCGGUUCUGGCUAUGGGGGAAAGGGGUGGGGGCGGGAGAGGGGCGGGGAUCCUCUAGCCGUCUACCCCGCAUGUAGCAAAGUCAGGGAGGGCAGGGAUGUGGCGACUCCCCCGAGAAUGGAUAGAUGGCUCUGUUCGGGUUUAAUAAAGAGAGAACGAGUUCAGAGGUGCCUCUGUCUGAGCAGCGCUGGCCUGGGAGCGGCGUCCCUCCCGUCGAGAAAGCUCCACCACCCAGGCGAAGGGGAAGGGGUGGAGAUGGGGGCGGGCAAACUAUCAAGGGAUUGAAAAGGAGUGGUACACAUUCCCGGAGCGGGAGGGAGGAGGUAGCGCAUGCUCAGUUGGGCACUCGAAGCCAAACGGAAACGCCCGCGCCCAUACACAUCCGGAAACUGGAGCUCUUGGCCGCAAAGUUGAUUGAUCGGCUCGCGCUCCUUUUCUGUAUUUGGUAAUCUAAUCUGGUCAACCGAGGGAUCACCGGGCUUCUGCAAGGGAUGCAGGAAAGGGGGACACAUUUUUAGACGUGAAACGAUCUCUUUCGAAGAAAGACCACUUCCAGAUGUAAUCGAUUCCUGGCUCGGGAGGGAUAGGACGUGGGUUCGAAUUUUGACUCUGCUUCUGAGUUGCUGCGUCACCCUGGGAAAGUUCCAUUCUUCUCUACCGGGCCUCUUUACCCCACUUGGAAAUAAAAGGGUUGGACUAGUUAACUCCGAA